AUGGGAGAAAUACCAAAUUGUUGUGAUGGGAAGCAAGGUGGGAGAGUUAUCAGACCCAUCUGUAAUUUAAGGUUUAAGGUCGGUCUCUUCUAUGACACCACAGCUGAUAAUGCAUCAUCACCAUCACUGUCUCCACCACCGCCUCCAGUACCAUCAGUAUCUCCUCCAGCAUCAAACAACACCCCUGCUGCAAAAGGAAAGGAGAGUAACAAAUCUCAAACAGUCAUCAUAGUUGUACCCAUUAUUUCUUUUGUGAGGUCAUUGCUGUUGCAUGAACGUAUUUUAAAUUGUGUUGUUUUAAAUAAUGCACUAACGUCUUGUUCAAGCAAAUCUGUGGAUGAGAUUAGAAGUGGGGAAUCUUUUCAGUUAGGCUUUGGUACUAUUAAAGUUGCAACAAAUGACUUUUCUGAUGCAAAUAAGCUUGGACAAGGUGGAUUUGGUGUUGUUUACAAGGGUAAACUCUCUGAUGGACAAGUUAUUGUUGUGAAAAGGCUUUCAAAAAAUUCUGGUCAAGGAGAUCUUGAAUUUAAGAAUGAAGUUUCGUUAGUGGCCAAGCUUCAACACCGACAUUUAGUUAGACUCCUAGGAUUUUGCUUGGAAGGAAUUGAAAGGCUUCUAAUUUAUGAGUUUGUGCCCAAUGGAAGUCUUGAUAACUUCAUUUUUGAUCCAAUCAUGUGUGUACUACUAGAUUGGGCAAGACGCUACAAAAUCAUAGGAGGCAUUGCACGAGGUCUUCUCUACCUUCAUGAAGAUUCUCGACUUCGUAUUAUUCAUCAGGAUCUUAAAGCUAGCAAUAUCCUAUUAGAUUUUGAAAUGAAUCCAAAAAUUUCAGAUUUUGGUAUGGCAAGAUUGUUUGAACUUGAUCAAAGCGAAGGCAAUACAAGUAGAAUUGUGGGGACCUAUGGAUAUAUGUCUCCAGAAUAUGCAAUGCAUGAACAAUUCUCAAUAAAGUCUGAUGUCUUUAGUUUUGGUGUGCUAGUAUUAGUGAUAAUAAGUGGACGAAAGAAUAGCUCCUUCCGAAAUGGAGAGAAUAUUGAGGACCUUCUAAGCUAUGAAAAUCACAUUUUUUCAGAUCACAUCUCCAAAUUUGGGGAGGCUGUCUUCCAGCCACCUCUCAUAGACCUUGCACAAGUGGGAGCGAUGUGCCUUGGGCAUUGGAGUGGCAGUAAGAAGCUCAACAAACUUGUUUGCUUCACUUUCGAAUGGGGUACUUUGCCUCAAGUACAAGUUUCUGUUUUUUGUUGCCUCAGGCCUCAGGCAUUUAUUUAUAGUUGGGACACUUUGACCAGGGUAUUGCAUGCGGGACACUAUCAUCUGGUGCUUCUUUUUACGAAAAUUAGGUACCGUAUACUUUAGUUUUCCCCCCUCCUAUCUUACCAAAAGCAUUAUUUAUAAUUUAUCAUUAAGGAAAUUAUUUUCUUACAAGCAACU